UCUAUCCGUGAAUCGUUACACUUUUGCAUCAUCGAAGAUUUUCCACCCUCAUUUUUAUUAUUUAUUUUUUUUCAACGAGCCUAAUGAUACUCCUUAUUAAUAAAUAUAUACAUUGAUGUUCAUUAAUCGAGUUUUUGGUAAAAUUUCAAUCCAAUCUUAAUCUAUAAUAAUCCGUAGUGCGGUGUGCAGUGCUCAAAAAGACGCCACUUUGUGGUGCCACAGAGAGAACCCUCAUAGACAUUUAAAACUGCAGGAAGGUAUUAAGUGAUUAAUUACUUAUUUUGAGUGUUAAAAGCAUCGCACUUAACAACAAUGUUGAUACUCAAAAUAAGUAAUCAGCCACUACCCUCCAGGAUGAAAUUUCUGUAAAGGAAAGCGCUACACACGAAACUCAUCGCUCGUCCGAAAUGGUCUGAACGGACUCGUGCGGAUGGACCACUUUGUGGCGCCACAGAUAAGCAGUCUCUUGUACAGUCGCGGUCAACAAUGCUUUCCACCUGAAGUAGCUGUUUUCCUGGGGAUUUCUAUAGUGCACGUUACAUGUACUAUAGAACGCAGCUAACUGGGCAUUAUUGACCGCGACUGUACUGCGAAAGGGCCGUUUCUACAAAGUCAGAAGUCGUUUGUUGAUGACACCUUGACGCCACAGACUCAUGAGGGCGACGUUUGUGACGGCACAUAUUGCUCCGUGCGUCGUGGGUUCACACGAAUCUUAAUCUCAUAUAUCUAGUCGUGUUCAGUCAGCUGUUUGUGUGUGUCACCUGUAGAAAAGUGUGCCGGAAGAAUGGCACCCUUCGACACUGAUAAAUUUAUCCAGGAAAUUGAAGCUCGUCCCGUUGUUUGGAACACCACCUGUCUAAAAUUUGGUAAUAGACUUCAAAGAGGCAAGGCAUGGGAGGAACUUGCUGUAAUGUUUAUACCAAACUUUGAAAAAAUGGACUCUGCAAAAAAAAGCAAUACAAUUGCAGGUCUUCAGCGUAGAUGGAAAAGUUUAAAAGAUUCUUUUAACAGAGAACUCGGUAUAAUUGAUAAAAUAAAACGCGGCAAAAUGCAGGAUACAGGAAGGAAGACGUAUGUUUAUUUUAAACAACUUUCUUUUCUAAACUCGAGGAAUAAGAAAGCUUCUCAAGAAAAUACUUCUCAAUCAAGAAGUACAUGUCACGAAAGGACUUCUGAUAACUAUUCUGAAGACGAAUCUCAGGAAGAUGAAACAAAUAGUGUGAAUCAGACAACUCCGACAGCUCCAACACCACAACCACAAAAAAGGAAAAGAGUAUUAGAACAGAACCAAAUCGGGGGGGAUUUGGGGAGGGACUUGAGGAGAGAUUUGGGGGGGAACUUGGGGGGAGAUUUGAGGAGGGAUUUAGGGGGGAACUUGGGGAGAGAUUUAGGGGGGGACUUGGGGAGAGAUUUGAGGGGGGAUUUGGGGAGAGAUUUGGAAAGGGAGUUGGGGGGGGAGUUGGGGAAAGAUUUGAGGAGGGAUUUGGGGGGGCUGGAGAGGGGGUUCCACCUUUUAGCUGCUAAUAUGGAAAAAAUAACAAUAGCUUUAACAGCGAAGGACGACCCAGAUAGGCAUUUUCUUAUGUCUCUGCUUCCUCAUUACAAGACGAUACCUGAACAAACAAAACUUGAUGUGCAAGUGGACAUGAUAAAUCUCAUUAAGAGAUAUCAAUUACAGCUUUAUCCAAGACCCUAUUAA